GGUAUGAUAAAUAUUUAAGAUACAAGUGUUUCGAUGUGUUUUUGGGCGGUUUGGAGUACCGCUUUGUUCGUCCACAUGGAGCUCAGUUUUAUUAUGCUCAAAUUCUCCUUUGGCAUUUUGCUUUCUGUAUUUUGCAUUUUCACUUGUUAAAAUGUCUUCGCGGGAUUCGGUUGGAUCAUUAUCAAAUUCAUCAAGUAGUUCACGGAGCUCUUACACCUCAAGCUCCGGUUCAUUUUCAAGUAUCACCAGAGCGAUAUCUUCUACUUUCUCCGGUCGUUCCACGCCACUACCAGAAUCUCCCACCAGUUCUCUCCCAAGUCCACAGGAUAAAACAUUAGGAAAUGUAUUGAAUGUAACAUAUCUCGAAUCAAGUUCAAGUAACGAAUCUUUUAAUCAUCAAAUACCAACACGAACAAAACUUCCCACAGUCAUACCUGCAGCUCAAAACGGGCCAUCUGCCUUGGCACGACUUCAGGAUGUGCAAAGUGUUUUCUGUGUUGCUUUUGGAAUUUUUGAUCGAUAUUAUAUAGCAUGGGAGGAUAAUAAAGGAGAACAACAUCAAGAGAGCAACAAGCUGCCGCAACUUCUCUACGAUUGGCUAUAUCCCGAAAGUGGGCAAACACGACAUCUGCCUUCACUACAAGUCUCAUUCGGGACCAACGAUGAGUUUUUUGCUUCUGAUAAGAACGACAAGAUUUCAAGUCGUGAUUCUUUGCCUUCGGUCAUCAAUCAUGUAUCUAGAAUGACACUUACCAAGCCCAUUGUGCGAACAAAUUCUCAACCUAUACUCAACCGCAAUGAAGCCGAAGAAAACACCCCGACGACACUACAGGCUUCAAGGUUGAAAAGAAGGAGUACUUUGUUUACCUUGAACUACCAGGCGCAUAACCCUACACGAAACACAAUCGAUAGCAGAGAGACUUUAGAAAAACUACCAUCUCGAACAUCUAUAGCGGAAAACCCACUGUCGACAUACAUCACAAGAAACAACAUUGAGUCACACUGGAUAGAGCCAGAGUCCCAUGUAUUAUCAGGCUUGAGUCGAAGACGAAGCGUAAAGGUCAAUCUACCACGGAUUCGUACCUCUUGGUCAGAGCAACCCACCCAAGACUCGAACAUUUUGAAUCGCGAAAUAUACAAUUCUGAGAGAAACUAUAUUGAUGCUUGCAUGCAAACUGAUCUUUGUGGACACCACCUAGACGAAGUUUUAAGUACCGAAAUAGCACCGCCAAUUCUACCUCAGGGGCCGCAAUAUCAACCAGUUCAGACAAUGCCCUUUGGCUUAAUGCAGGAUUACUUUCGAGGGCAAUACAGUCUUGGAGAUGCGUUAUAUUAUGGAUGAUCGGUAGAAGACAUUUUCUCAAUGCUCAUCAAUACCACAUGAUUAGCUCAGAAAGCUGUGCGAAUUGAUCAGUAGCCUGAAAGUCGGAGAAAAGCCGAGUAAUCUUGUCAAUCUGUGUCUUUAGAGUAUAUUUUUGAUAAGCCCAAACUACCGAGUGGGAAGGAAAGGACAGAUUUUAUGAUUAAUGAACUCAUCGCACGCACUGAUAAAGCUGUAGGAGUUUGAUAAGACACCUCAAUAAUAACAUAACUGACAACAUGUGCAUAGAUCAAUAUUGGAGGAAGCGGUGUAUUUUCGUCCUGCAUGACAAUCAAAUGAAAAACUUCACUGCAACUAUAAAUGAAGACGAGAGAUGCUAGAAAGUGCGGCGAAUCUCCGAGAAUAUACACUGUUGAGGGAAAAGACAAAAGGACAAACUUCUUAAAAAGUCCUCGCCAAACUAUUCCUUUAGAAAGCUGUAUUCAUGUAUUGAAUACGUAUCGGCAACUUCUUGACCGAGACAGCCCCCGGAAAAUAUACCACUAAAAUAGCAAAACUAUGGGUCGCUCCCAGAAGCUUCGUUUUUUCUGCUACGCCAACUCAACAGGCGUUCAUUUGGUCUCAUGGACUUGCCUACUGUGCCAUCAGGGGGUUGAACAGAAAUUAAAACUUGAGGAGGAAGAACUUACCAAUAUAAUGACGAUCAGCAUCAACUAUGCCCUAUAAUUGAUUGAGAUUAGGAUUAGAUGAAGAUAAUAAAUUUGUGUUCGAAAAAGACUUAUGGGAGGAUUAUUGGAAACAAAUAGGGGGAAUUGUGAAAGAAGAAAAGGAAAUAGCAUUUCGAGGAUAAAACUAGAAAAAAAAAAAAAAAGUAGAUUGAUUCUACAAUUGUAAAUAAUUAUAGAAAGUAAAUAAGCACUAAGAAUUGUUAUAAUAUAGAUAGUUAUCGAGAUAGAAGUGUGUGA